GGAGCAGCUUCACUAAGUGGAGGAAAAUCCUGCCAUCGGCAUGAUAUUGAUCACAUAGCACAACCGAGUGACAAUUUGGGUUGGUAUUUUGUUUUUGUGUUUACAAAGUAGUCAGACCUUCUCGAAGCAAUGAGGCUCGCAUUUUGUGGUAACGACAAUGCUUCAGCCUAUAACAUCAGUGCUGGUGUCCUAAGAAAUGUCUGCUUUGUGGAUGCCCUCAACUUGGUUCCCCAUGUCUUCUUGCUAUUUAUCACCUUCCCAAUUUUGUUCAUUGGCUGGGGAAGCCAAAGUUCCAAAGUCCAGAUUCACCACAAUACCUGGCUGCACUUCCCUGGACACAACCUGCGGUGGAUCCUGACAUUCACCCUUCUGUUCGUACAUGUGUGUGAAAUAGCAGAGGGCAUAGUUUCUGAUACACAAAUGAAAUCUCGCCAUCUGCAUCUCUUUCUACCAGCUAUAAUGGGAUUUGUGGCUGCCACUGUCUCCAUAGUCUAUUACCAUAAUAUUGAAACAUCUAACUUUCCAAAGUUACUGUUGGCUCUCUUUCUUUACUGGAUAAUGGCCUUUGUCACCAAAACGAUCAAGCUUGUCAGAUACUGCCAGGAUGGUGUACCUUUUUCUCAGCUGCGUUUCUGCAUCACUGGAAUUAUGGUCAUUCUCUAUGGGCUGCUGAUGGCUGUGGAGAUCAAUGUCAUUCGAGUUAGGAGGUAUGUAUUUUUCAUGAACCCUCAGAAAGUAAAGCCACCAGAGGAUCUACAGGACCUGGGGGUGAGGUUUCUGCAGCCAUUUGUCAAUUUGCUCUCAAAGGCGACUUAUUGGUGGAUGAAUACUCUUAUUAUAUCUGCUCACAAGAAACCGGUGGACCUAAAGGCAAUCGGAAAGCUUCCAAUUGCAAUGAGAGCACUGACAAAUUACGUUUGUCUCAAAGAAGCGUAUGAGGAACAAAAGAAAAAGGUAGCAGACCAGCCCAAUCGGAGUCCCUCCAUAUGGUUAGCCAUGUACAGUGCUUUUGGACGACCAAUUCUUCUCAGCAGCACAUUCCGUUACUUGGCUGACUUGCUGGGUUUUGCUGGGCCAUUAUGCAUUUCUGGCAUUGUCCAGGGCUUUCAGAAUACAACCAAUAAUACAAAUACUACAGAAAAGGUGAAGGAUCCAUCAAAUUCAUAUCUUUCCUCAGAGGAAUUCCUCAGGAAUGUUUAUGUUUUGGCAGUUCUUCUUUUCCUGGCCCUUAUCUUGCAGAGGACAUUCCUGCAGGCAUCCUACUAUGUGACUACGGAAACUGGCAUCAACCUACGAGGUGCUUUAUUGGCAAUGAUAUAUAAUAAGAUCCUGAGGCUUUCCACAUCCAACUUGUCCAUGGGAGAGAUGACGCUGGGACAAAUCAAUAACUUGGUUGCCAUAGAAACGAAUCAAUUAAUGUGGUUCUUGUUCCUGUGCCCCAAUCUGUGGGCAAUGCCUGUUCAGAUAAUAAUGGGUGUGAUCCUACUUUAUAAUUUACUCGGAGUGAGUGCCUUGGUCGGUGCUGCUGUCAUUGUACUGUUAGCUCCGAUACAGUACUUCAUAGCUACGAAGCUGGCUGAGGCUCAGAAGAGCACUCUCGACUAUUCUACGGAAAGAUUAAAGAAAACCAAUGAGAUACUAAAAGGCAUUAAGUUAUUAAAGCUGUAUGCCUGGGAGCACAUAUUUUGUACUAGCGUGGAAGAAACAAGAAUGAAGGAACUCACCAGUCUCAAAACCUUUGCACUUCAUACAUCUCUUUCCAUUUUUAUGAAUGCGGCCAUACCAAUAGCAGCUGUUCUUGCAACCUUUGUGACUUAUGCGUAUACCAACGACAGGCCGCUGCAGCCCGCCCAGGCCUUUGCAUCACUGUCAUUGUUUCACAUCCUGGUCACACCACUGUUCCUGCUCUCCACUGUGGUUCGUUUUGCAGUCAAGGCUAUCAUAAGUGUACAGAAGCUGAAUGAGUUUCUCCUGAGUGAUGAGAUUGGAGAUGACAGCUGGAGAGGUGGGGACAGCUCUGUAGCUUACGAAUCCUGUAAGAAGCACACAGGACUUCACACCAAGGCCAUCAACAGGAGGCAACCCUUGAGGUAUCAGCUUGAAAACUAUGAACAGCCAACAAGGAAGCAAACACGUCCUGUGGAGAUAGAUGAUAUCGCAAUCAAGGUGACCAAUGGAUACUUUUCAUGGGGAAGUGGUUUAGCUACAUUGUCCAACAUAAACAUCAGAAUCCCAACAGGUCAGAUGACAAUGAUUGUGGGUCAAGUUGGCUGUGGGAAGUCAUCACUUCUCCUUGCUAUAUUGGGAGAGAUGCAGACGCUGGAAGGAAAAGUUCACUGGAGCAAUGUAAAUGAAACUGAACCUUCUUUUGAAGCAUCCAGAAGUAGGAACAGAUACUCGGUAGCUUACGCAGCUCAGAAGCCGUGGCUGCUGAAUGCAACCGUGGAGGAGAACAUUAUCUUUGGGAGCCCAUUUAAUAAACAGAGGUACAAAGCUGUUACAGAUGCGUGCUCUCUGCAGCCUGACAUUGACUUACUACCAUUUGGUGAUCAGACAGAAAUUGGAGAAAGGGGGAUUAAUUUAAGUGGCGGACAACGACAGAGAAUCUGUGUAGCUCGAGCACUCUAUCAGAACACCAACAUUGUCUUCUUGGAUGACCCAUUCUCUGCACUGGACAUUCACUUAAGUGAUCAUUUAAUGCAGGAAGGGAUUUUGAAAUUUCUGCAAGAAGACAAGAGGACUCUUGUUCUGGUGACACAUAAGUUACAAUACCUACCACAUGCUGACUGGAUCAUAGCAAUGAAGGAUGGAAUGGUGCUUAGAGAAGGGACACUAAAGGAUAUCCAAAACAAGGAUAUUGAGCUGUAUGAACACUGGAAAACUUUGAUGAAUCGCCAAGAUCAAGAAUUGGAAAAGGAUAUGGAAGCUGACCAGACUACUCUUGAGAGAAAAACUCUUAGAAGGGCCAUGUACCCCAGAGAAUCCAAAUCACAACUGGAAGAUGAAGAUGAAGAGGAAGAAGAGGAAGAAGAUGAAGAUGAUAAUAUGUCGACUGUCUUGAGGCUCAGAACAAAGAUGCCAUGGAGAACCUGCUGGAGAUAUCUAACCUCUGGAGGAUUUUUCUUGCUCUUUCUGAUGAUUUUCUCAAAGUUGUUGAAACACUCAGUUAUAGUGGCCAUAGACUAUUGGCUUGCUACGUGGACAUCCAUGGACAAUGCAAACGAAUUCAGGAACAUUGAUGAUACUUAUCAUGUAGCUGUCUUCAGCAUCCUCUCUGGAGCAGGGAUUGUCCUUUGCCUCAUCACAUCUCUGACUGUGGAGUGGAUGGGCCUCACAGCAGCCAAGAACCUACACCAUAAUCUUCUCAACAAGAUCAUCCUUGGACCAAUUAGGUUUUUUGAUAUGACUCCAUUGGGGCUAAUUCUUAAUCGCUUCUCUGCUGAUACAAAUAUCAUUGAUCAGCACAUUCCUCCUACCCUGGAGUCUCUAACCCGGUCCACCUUACUCUGCCUGUCAGCCAUCGGAAUGAUCUCCUAUGCCACUCCAUGGUUCCUUGUCGCCCUGGUGCCUCUUGGGAUAGCGUUUUAUUUCAUCCAGAAAUACUUCAGAGUUGCUUCCAAGGACCUCCAGGAACUUGAUGACAGCACCCAGUUGCCUUUACUCUGUCACUUCUCUGAGACAGCUGAAGGCCUUACCACCAUCAGAGCAUUCAGGCACGAAGCCAGAUUUAAACAACGUAUGCUGGAACUAACGGACACGAACAACAUUGCCUACUUAUUUCUAUCUGCUGCCAACAGAUGGCUGGAGGUCAGGACGGAUUACCUUGGUGCUUGCAUAGUUCUGACUGCGGCUGUCACUUCCAUCACUGAAGGGCCUCACUCGGGGUUUGUGGGGCUAGGUCUCCUGUACGCUCUGACGAUAACCAACUAUUUGAACUGGGUGGUGAGGAAUCUCGCUGAUCUGGAGGUGCAGAUGGGUGCAGUAAAAAAAGUGCACAGCUUCCUGAAUAUGGAGUCGGAGAACUAUGAUGGCUACUUGGAUCCCUCUCAAGUCCCAAAAGACUGGCCCCAAGAAGGGGAAAUCAAGAUUGAAAAUUUGUGUGUUCGAUAUGAGAACAACCUGAAGCCUGUUCUUAAGCACGUUAAGGCGUAUAUCAAACCAGGACAAAAGGUUGGGAUCUGUGGUCGUACUGGCAGCGGCAAGUCAUCGUUGUCUUUGGCGUUCUUCAGAAUGGUGGACAUAUUUGAUGGGAGGAUAGUGAUUGACGGAAUAGACAUCAGCAAAUUGCCUCUUCAUACUCUCCGUUCCCGACUCUCCAUUAUUCUCCAGGAUCCAAUAUUGUUCAGUGGCUCCAUCCGCUUUAAUUUGGAUCCAGAAUGUAAGUGUACUGAUGAUAGACUCUGGGAAGCUUUGGAGAUUGCUCAGCUGAAGAACAUGGUCAAGUCAUUGCCAGGAGGCCUUGAUGCAAUGGUAACAGAAGGAGGAGAGAACUUCAGUGUAGGGCAAAGGCAGCUCUUCUGUCUGGCCCGAGCCUUUGUCCGCAAGAGUAGCAUUCUCAUCAUGGAUGAAGCCACAGCAUCUAUUGACAUGGCCACAGAAAACAUUCUGCAGAAGGUUGUGAUGACUGCCUUUGCAGACCGCACAGUUGUAACAAUAGCGCAUCGGGUUCACACCAUCCUAACGGCAGACGUGGUCAUCGUCAUGAAGCGAGGGAACAUUUUAGAAUAUGACACGCCUGAGAACCUACUUUCUCAAGAAGACGGCAUCUUUGCUUCAUUUGUCCGGGCUGACAUGUGAAGAAUUGCAUGAUGCAUUUUAAUAGCUUAUUUUUAAACAGAUGAAAUGCAAAUAUUUUCUAUUCAAUGUAACAUCACUUUUAUCUUUUUUUUUAGAGUGUCUUCCUUCACACUUCCAUCUUCCAAAACAAUAAAACCUAUUGCAAUACAUGUAUGCCUCAAAGCAAUAAAAAUGUCACUUCAUUCAAAAGCUAUUAAACUUCACACACACACACAGAAGGCAGAAGUUUUUAUUUCCUGGGAAUUUGGCAUUUUCCUUAGACUUUUUAGUGACUUUAUUUUCUUUUAUAGAGAGCAAAAGAAUGCACUGCUCUUACAACCUGCAUAUGCUAUGCUGGAACCGGCAAUCAAAUCGUGCAGUUUGUCAAGGAAAUGAGA